AUGCUGGGGAACCACGCCAUCCGCGGGCUGACCGCGGCCGCAGACGCCAAACUCAGGGUCGAAACAACUAAAACCGAAACAGCACUCUCUUUCUCCUCCUCCUCCUUCCCCUCCUCCUCCUCUUCCUCCUCCUUCCUCUCCUCCUCCUCCUCCCCCCCGCCGACCCACUCUUCAGAUUGGUAGGGUGAGUCCGCUCACUCUGACAGCCUGGAAUGUUCGGUCUCUUUUAAACAACCCGAAGAGCAACCGACUGGGACGGAGGUGGGCACUAGUGGCUCUGGGACUAGCACGCUACAAGGUGGACAUCGCAGCACUCAGCGAGACCCGCCUCUCCGAACAAGGCCAACUGGGGGAGAUGGGUGCCGGCUACACCUUCUUCUGGAGCAGUCGUCCAAAGACAGAGUGACGGGACGCGGGUGUCGCCUUCGCCAUCCGGAACGACAUCGUGGGACGACUGCCCUGUCUGCCACAGGGCAUCAACGGUCGCCUAAUGAGCCUCCGUCUGCCUCUUCGGGCAGGCAAAUUCGCCACUAUCAUCAACGCCUACGCUCCCCGAUGACCAGCCCCGACGUCGAAAGAGACAAAUUCUACGAGAACCUGCACGCACUCCUGGCGACUGUGUCGAAGGUGGAUAAGUUGGCAGAAUAGUAUUACCGACAAAGACAAGGGAGACUGGAAUGGCCAUUUCUGGCUUAUUAGCCGUCGUCAGCCAGCUAUACCCAAGCCCGAAGUGUGGAACACCCGAGCCUCGAACUCGCGACCUGUUGGUUUAGAAGUCAACGCCUCUACUCACCGGGCCACGAGCCCGUUGCCUUGUCGGUUUUCGAUCGGGUGGAUAAGUUGAUUGUCCUUGGUGACUUCAACGUCCGCGUCGGCACGGACCAUGCUGUCUGGAGAGGAAUGCUGGGUUCCCAUGGUCUCGACGGUUCCAAUGACAACGGCCUGCUCCUUCUACGAACCUACGCAGGACACCGACUCAUCCUGACCAACACCUACUUCCGCCUCCCGAUGCGAGAGAAGGCCACCUGGAUGCAUCCUCGGUCGCGUCAGUGGCACCUGCUGGACUAUGUCCACGUCCGGAGACGAGACCAGCGGGACGUGUUGGUGACGAAGGCGAUACCUGGUGUCGACGAGUGGACCGAUCAUCGCCUCGUCAUCUCGCAGAUGCGGAUUCGCCUACAGCUUCGCAGAAGACCUCACGGAAAACUAUCCCCAGGUAAGCUGAAUAUUGCCUUGUUGUCUUUGCCGCACACCAUAUCCAUUUCAGCAACGAACCAGCUCGACGGCUAGACAACCUUCCAGUCGCUGAUGCCGCCGCCGCCGCUGAGGAGAACGCCCCCAUGGAGAACCGAUGGUGUCAACUGCGGAACACAGUCCAUUUGACGGCCCUGGCCGUCCUUGGUCGCGCGCGCCGCCAACACCAGGACUUGUUCGAUGACAACAAAGCCGCCAUGAGCAACCUGCUCGCCAAAAAGAACCGCCUGCACAAAGCCUACGUCGUCCGCCCAAACGACGCCAACAGAGCUGCCUUCUACCGUUGUCGUCGCCUCGUUCAACAGCGACUACGUGAGAUGGGGGACGCCUGGACUGCUCGCAAGGCUGUGGAGGUCCAGAGGUACGCGGACCGCAACGAAUGGAAGAACUUCCUCUCCGCGAUCAAAGCAGCCUACGGUCCGCCUACUAAAGCAACUGCACCUGUUCUCAGCGCCGACGGCAGUACCCUCCUCACUGAGAAGACAAGGAGACCAAAUCCGUCGCCACAAGGACACUCUGAAGACUUCCCAGAAGCGUCUGUAGAUCAAUCUGGCCAACUAGGAAGACCUCGCUAG